AUGCCGUCAGCCGAUUCCACUCAUGAGGUUGUGCCCGCCAACAGGGGCUACAGGCACUACUUCUUCGCAUUCACUCCCCAGUGCAUGCGCCUUGAGAGCGGUCACCCCUGCCAGGACGACCAAUUCGGCGUCACGAACCUGAGCACCAAGCCCGGCUUCAUCCCCAACGAGCGUGUUGAUCAGUCGAACCUGUCCAAGCACAUCAUCAAGUCUGUCGGCGCGGUUGUGCGAGAACACGAGGCUUCAGACUACAUGCAGAUCAACUACGGCGCCCCAGAGAUUCAAGCCGCCGUCAUGCAUGCUAACAUGCCGCUGGCCCGCUUCAUUGUCCACUGUCCUCCCUGCAUCUCCGCCAUCACUACCGCUGUACACCUUUGUCAGGCGAAUAAGGACGCCAUCACUGAGUGGUCGGUGCGCGUCGAUCACCGUCUUGACUGCGCCUGCUGUCCCAGUACCACCAGCGCUCUGGAGCGUCUCUCUAUGAUCGCCGAUACAAUUGUGGACGCCGGAACCGGCCACCACUGGGCCAAACCUGACAGCUCCGAAGCGCAGUGGAUGAAGUGGAUUGACCGUGCUUGGCUUGAAGGUGUGCUCUACGAUGCGGAUGACCACACUACGGCAUCGGCGCCUUCUUCUAGCAAGCCUACAACCAAUGCCGGCCGCGACUACGCGGGUAUCCGCCACCUUUUGUCCUUCGAAGGCAGAGUCCGGGAGAACACUGUUGCUGUCAUCCUAGCCGAUGUCGACAGCGCCUCUUGGAUCAUCAACGCGUCUCCUUUCCCCACAGUGAAGCGUCAGCCUCGUGCCGGAGAGAUGUUUCAUAUGAAGGAAGAGACUGUGGGCAGAACGUUCACGCGAUCGUUCCUGGGCACUUUUGAGACGAAGGGAGCCCUGAAGCGCCGUCGAGUCUCUUCCCCACCGCCCGAGACUACUAGGUCCGGCCGCAAGACCUUGGCCCAGCGCAAGGGUCGAUCCACCAAGCAGCUCUUCGACCAGGAUGAGCUCAUGUGA